CUCACCUGAGCCUACCUAAGCUGGCGUGGCUAUUGCUCUAUGCGCGUGCGCGCCGCUCGACUUCCCUUCAGAGCCCACCCUUCUCCACACAACGGCAACAUCCGUUUAGGUCCGUUUCCUAUUGUCUUCCUGUGGGAAACUACUUCCUGUAUCUUGCGCUUGCGCAGGAUCUACUCUCCGGCCUUUUUCAUUCCGACACUAUGCGUUUCUACUCGGCUGAGGAACCGCAGGGAGACGAUGGUGACAGCGGCUCUUAAGAGAUUCUGGUCCGGUGGGCACGGUGAAGCGGGAGGAGAGGCCGGUGGUGCCACGACGGUGGCGGUUAAGCCAGGGCUGUGGACGCGACUGAGCACCUGGGCCGGCGCGCUGCUCCGGGACUACGCUGAGGCGUGCGGGGACGCGGCGGCUGCGGCGCGAGCUCGACCGGGCCGCGCGGCCCUGUACGUGGGGCUUCUGGGCGGCGCGGCUGCGUGCUGCGCGCUGGCGCCCAGUGAGGCGGCCUUCGAGGAGGCCUUGCUGGACGCAUCGGGGUCACUGUUGCUCUUGGCACCGGCCACGCGCAACCGCCACUCGGAGGCGUUCCUGCAGCGCCUGCUGUGGCUGAGGGGCCGUGGGCGGCUGCGUCACGUGAACCUGGGCUUUUGCUCGCUGGUUUACGAAGCGCCCUUCGACGCCCAGGCCAGCCUCUACCAGGCCCGCUGCCGCUACCUGCAGCCACGCUGGGUGGACUUCCCCGGCCGGAUCCUCGACGUGGGUUUCGUUGGCCGCUGGUGGAUUCUGCAGAAUCGCAUGCAUGAUUGCGACAUCAACGACGACGAGUUUCUCCAUCUGCCCGCUCAUCUCCGCGUCGUCGCGCCUCACCAGCUGCACUCAGAGGCCAAUGAGAGGCUGUUCGAGGAGAAGUACAAGCCGAUCAUACUCACCGACGAUCAGGUGGAUCAGGCGCUGUGGGAGGAGCAGGUGUUACAGAAGGAGAGAAAGGAUCGGCUAGCUUUGAGCGAGGCUGAUUCACUGGUUCAGUCCGAUGUUUCCAGAUGAAACCCAGGAUUGCCCCCGGGUCACCAGGCGCAGGCAAACUGUUGGCUGUGGAUGGUGCAAUUGGUGAGAUGGGUAGAGAUAAAUGGCCCUUAUUGUGAUUUUAUGGGAAGUCCUCACUCUGUCCGGUUAGCCGAAGAAACUUGGGGGCCUUACUGGUCUUAGAGAUACAGAAGAGCUGAAGGACUGCUCUUAAACAUGCUGAAGCACUUGACCUUACUGUGUUAAUUGCCCCCAGAUCUACUAGUAAGGAGCCUGUGCUGUGUAGCCUGUUGUAGCUGGGGAUGUUCUUCACGGGUAGAGUGUUUGCCUAGCAUGCCUGGGUUCCUGCACUGCCAAAACAGAACAGAAAUGGGCUUUUAGUCUUGGGGGUUUUGUUUAUUUGGUUCGUUUUUGAGAAUGUGACUCCCAUAUGCCCAGUCUGGCCCUGACUCCUGCAUUAGCUCUAGUGCACCACAGAGUACCCCGCCCAUGCAUUAGUCCUGUUCAUGAACGGGGCUACAAAGAUGUCCUGACUGCCAGUGACUUCCAAGAUCCUAAGACCAAUCCCCCAGCCCCCCUUUUGGUAGUGUGUAUCAGUGAAGUUUUUUGAGGAUAAUGGUCUGGCCGUGUUGCCAAGGCUACUUGUUUAAAGAGUCCCGACUGUUCCUCCCUUCGGAGAACCUCGACUCAGUUCUCAGCAGCUUGAUCUGUAACUCCAGGCCAGCGAAUCAAUCCAGCCUUCUCUUCUGGAUUCCUUGUACACCAGGCAGGCACGUGGUGGUGCACAGACAAAACACCCACGCACAUAUGUUUAAAGAUUCUCCUAAGUCAUCCCCCAAGAUCGGGACUAAAAUCAUGUGCCAGCUUGCCUGACCUCAGAUCUCUCCUUUUCAGGUGGAGCUGAAAUGUAUGUGUUUAGGGUUUUUGUUUGUUGUGGAUUUUGGUUUGUUUGUUACACUGGCUUCCCCAGAACUGGCUAUGAAGAACAAUCUGUCCUUAAACUCACAGAGAUUUGUCUGCGUCUCAAAUUGGAUUGUUUUGGUUUGAUUUGUUUCUGAGAGUGGUCUCACAGCCCAGACCAGCCUCAAACUCACUGUGUAGCAAUGGAUGAGUGAGUGAUGGCUCCUCUUGCCUGCAUUUCCCAAAUGAAGUGAAAUAUUUCUGCCCUGUGGAUUGUUAUUGUUGGGUACUUGUGCUAGACAUUAAAUCCAGGGCCUUGUACAUAUGAGGCAAGCCCUGUACACCAAGUCCUUUUAGGCUCUUUGUUUUGUUUGAUAAUAUCUUUAUGUAGUCCCCAAGGACCUUUGACCUAGCUUAACUAGUAACGUUGUAUGUUACUAUCAGUACAGGAGAGAGGUAUAGAGGCCGACAAAUUCUACUGUAUAUAUGUAUGGCAGCAAUUGCAAGCAUGGUGGAAGGCUGGAACAUGUUCUCAUCCCAGAGUGUACAUGCAGUCAUAUGUCCUGUACUGCAGGGACCCCGGAAAUGGUUGGAUGGAAAGGAACAGGGUGGGGAACAUAGGUUGGACCUGGCAAAAUUCCAGUAAUUACCUUUCAAGCUAAAAUAUUAGGGAAGCAAAACUUCCCAUAUCAGGUAGCUUGUAGCUAGUCGGUAAAAGCAGGGGGUGAAGCAGUCACUUUGUGAUGGAUUUGUUUAUGGUGGGGGCUUCAGACAGACAAAGUAUGUGCUGCACUGAGCUACCCCCACUCCUAGUGGUGUGAUUGUGUGUUUUGCCUCCUUUAUUCAUUAUCAGAUGUAUUGAAAGUAUGGUAGUUGUUUUUGAUUGUUUUUUUCAGUAAUACUCCGAAGUGGGAGGAUUAAAGGCAUGUGCCACCGCCUCCUGGGUAAGGUAGUUCUUGAAUUCAAGUCUUCUGGCCAGGUGAUGAUGUUAAUUCACAUCUUCCCGCACUGGUGAGGUGGCUCAGCAGGGGAAGACAUGUUCAGUCAAGGCAACCACCUGAGUCCAUCCUAUGGAACCCACACAAUAGAAAGAGCUAACUCCUCCGAUUUGCACUGUGACCUACAUGUAUACUAAAUAAAUUAAAAUGUAAUAUGGGUUGCAAAAAAAAUCCACAUCUGAAUUACAAAUGUUUUAAUUAGUGUGUAUUAAAGGAUUUUCUUAUGUGUGUAUGAAAUAGUCUUAUUCACCCUCC